GACGCGCAGCUCCUGCACUUCAGUCCAGCCACGCUUGCACUGGCGGCGGUUGUUUGCAGUGGUUUCAAGGCCGCUGGGAUUUUUCAACUUACGCCACUAAGUUUGGGAAAAGGAGGGGAAAGGAAAAAAAAGGGGGAGAGUCCUUUGAGACACAAGACGAAACGAAGCGACAUUUGGCCAUUUCCUCUAUAUAGAGUAUAGCAAAAGCUCAAGAGAUGGAAACAAAACUCAAGACUGCCCUUUGUGCGCUGCUGCUUAUUAACUUGGGAUGUACAGCACUGGGUGAUGACCCUUCUCCUGCCCAAACCAAUGCAAAUGUUACUCUUGAUGUGGGCAGCCCUGAGUCCCCUGAGUCCCCCCCUCAGCAACCUCCAUCACCCUCUGGUUCGGAGGCAGCAGAGUCUGUGUCUGACCCUGGCCCAGAGUCCCCUGCCCCUGCACCCACAGCAGCGAGCUCCAACCACAGCAGCAGCAGCAACAAUAGAACAGGAAAUGUCAUAUCUUUAGCUGAUGAAACAACAGUGGCAUCUCCAGUCCCACACCAGAACACAAGUUCCCCACCUGAUGCUCAAGACGCUGGCAACGAGGGCAAUGGUGAUGACCCUUCUCCUGCCCAAACCAAUGCAAAUGUUACUCUUGAUGUGGGCAGCCCUGAGUCCCCUGAGUCCCCCCCUCAGCAACCUCCAUCACCCUCUGGUUCGGAGGCAGCAGAGUCUGUGUCUGACCCUGGCCCAGAGUCCCCUGCCCCUGCACCCACAGCAGCGAGCUCCAACCACAGCAGCAGCAGCAACAAUAGAACAGGAAAUGUCAUAUCUUUAGCUGAUGAAACAACAGUGGCAUCUCCAGUCCCACACCAGAACACAAGUUCCCCACCUGAUGCUCAAGACGCUGGCAACGAGGGCAAUGCCACCAGCAAGGACACUCCCAUCCCUCCCUCACCGUUUCCAGACAAGAAAGAGAACCUGACAGAUCAGACACCAGCGCAGACCCUGCUUCCCACCGCGGAGCACAACACCUCCACCUCGCAGAGUACCACCACCAGCCCCACACACACAGCUCACAUUGCCCCUACACAAACACCGCUCACCACCUUGCCUUCAAACACAACACAUCACCCCUCCACCCAUACACACACACCUACCAACUCCACAUCACACUCAAGCCAUCCCACUACGCCCCCCCUCCCCAAAAUGCAUUCGUCCACCUCUGCCCCAGCGCCUGAGCUGCGCCCGGGGACCACUAUCACCAGCACCAGCACCCAGACCAGUUCAACCACCAGCAGCAGCUCCAGUUCUAAGCCGCCCAAGCCAACGUCUCCCCGACUGCAUCCCGAAAAGUCCAGUGUGGCCCACACCAGCCCACCCAGAAACUCCUCCGCCCAGACAAAAGCCCAGGACAUCAUCCCAUCCAAGCUGAACGUGGGGGAUGACACGACAGUGGUCCAUCAGUCUCCCGCCUUAGACCCCCUGCUGGCCGGCCUGGUGUCUGCCUUCAUCAUCACUGCUGUCAUCAUCACUCUGCUCCUCUUCCUCAAACUACGCAGAAGAAAUAACCGGCCAGAGUUCCGCAGGCUCCAGGAUCUGCCUAUGGACGAUAUGAUGGAGGACACACCCUUGUCCAUGUACAGCUACUGACAGAGGGAAGACUGAAAGAAAAAAACAAAAAAAAAAACGGGUGCCUCCACACUCUCCUUCGGUCCAGAGCCAGGCCGCCGCAGUCUGGCCUGGUCUCCUUUCCUUCAUCUGCACCCAAAACAAAGAAUCCUGGGUAGGUGUCAGUGAAUUCCUGGAAGGAGCUCGCCUUUUGCUUUCAUUUAUCCAGCAUUCCCAGAGCGAGAUGUAGGAAAGGACCUGAAGGAAGCUGCAAAGGACAAUAAAGAUAUCACCCAUGUCAGGGCCCCCUGACAAAAGUAGCCCCCAUUUUGUUUCCUGUGAUCAUGAAUUAGGCCAUCAUCUAACUGUAUUCAGCACUGUACAGUAUUAUAUUUUCUAGUCCAACAUUUUUAUGGGGGGACGGGGGGUUGUAUGAAAAAUUUUGACUUCCUCAGGGUUGAUAAGGAUAGGUUGACUCAGAUUUUUCACCAUGCUUGCAGCAGGAAGUGGCAUUAUUGGUUGUGUCCACUCCUGGGACGGCUUCGGUCUGGACACAAUGACAGCUUGCCCUGCAGGUAACUUAUCUGGGGGCACUGCUCUAAUUUCCCUGUAUUAAUUCAUGUUUGGAAGUGGGGCAGGGUAAGCAAUGUUAGAGCUGUACCUAGAAGCCGGCCUGUUCCCGGAACCCUGCUGCUGGUCCAGACAAGAGACCAGACAAGAGGGCUGAGAGGAAGAACAUAACAAAAGGCCUGAUUAUAGUGUUAAUGAGGUUGCACUUUAUGUUGUAAGAGAAAACUAUCGGGUCAAGAUCGAGAUGAGGCCACAUAGAGCUGCAAACAAAAAAUAUUGCAAACAAAAGUAUUGUAAACAAAUGAAAAAAAGAAAAUUUGUGAGUGAAAUCAAAGUAUUGUAAAUCAAAUUUAAGUAUCGAAAAAAGAAGUACUUGAAAUAUUUUUCUUUCCUUCCUCUCCUUUGGUUUCAUUUUUUCAAUAAUCAUUUUCUUGUCUUUGCAAUACUUGCUUUUCUUUGUAGUAUUUUUUUUUUUCAUUGUAUUUCACUUGUUGCCCUGUUGUUGAUGCGGGCGUGGGGUUCAAGGAGGGAGGCAUAUCCAAAGCUGAAGAUGAUUUGUCGGUCAUCUACCACCAAAACUGAUCUCUUAAUCUGUGGACACAAAGUUUCACAGAGCAAUAUGCAAAUAAGUGUUGCAAAGGAAAGAAAGAUUCAGAUAUAUUUUCCUGUACUUCACUUUUAUUUUCUUUAGCAUAUAUACACUUCAUUUUUUGUCUGCAAACCUACAAAACCUUUCUUUUGUUUGCACUUCUAUUUGGCCUAAUUUGGACUCCAUAGUAAAUGGACAAAUGCCUUUGUUUAUGAGAAAAAAAAAAAGAGAGGUGUGUGCAUGCAUAGGUGCGUGCAUAGCCGUGUGUGCGUGUGUAUGUGUGGAUGUGUGUUUGUGUGGAUGUGUGUGAGUUCAUGAAAAGGUGCAUGUGUGGUGUUUGGGAGGGCGUGGUAGGGGGUAUUUAAAUGUUUUUAUUUCUGUGUUGAAGGUCCUGCUGUCUUUAGGCCUUAGUCUGACCUGUACAGUGUGUUUUUGUUUCUUUCCUGAGCUCUCUAGUGCAGGAGAGUGCCUUACACAGGGUAGGAACAGCUCUUAUUCUACACUGUAGAUGUAUUUACUUUACUUCCUAUUCAAACCCACUAACUUUCUGGCUUACCAGUCAUUCCCAGUGCUAUGGUUUUCAUUCCCAUACAAACAUACACCCAGGGCCAGGAUGCUGCUCUGACUUGCCUGGGUUUGAACAGCCCUGAGCGUCCUCACCAAGAGGCUGCCAUUCAAAUGUUGACAGUUUUAGACUGAAAUUGGCCAGUGGCCUUUCCAUACAAUGCAAGCAUUGUCUUGUGCAUGGUAAUACUACUGAUGAUUGCAUCAUGCAAGGACAAUGUCAUUUUGUAUUUGUUUUUUGCUCUUUGUUUUGUUUUUUACUUGCUGUUUCAGCUUUUCUCCAGAACAUAUUAAAAAUGUCAAAUGAACUGUCGUCACAACAUCUUGUUCGUCCUUUUCAUUCUGUAGGGAAAUUUUUAAAAAUCCAUUGAUUAUAAUGUAUGUCUGUCUCCCUAACUCUGUAUUUUCUCAGCAAAUAUGUAGGAAGCAUAAGCGAAACACUGAGACAUAUAGAGGACAGUAGAAUGACCCACAUCUAUUUAUCACUGAAUUAGCAGAGAGCCCAUGUACUGAUUCAUCAUGAAGGCUUCCGAUUCUAAUCAAAGUCCGGGAUUGGAGCUAAUACUUGUGAUUAGCUGCUCUUUAAUCUUUCACCGUGAAUAAUUAUAUCUGGUAAUCAGUUACAUACUUCAGAUCUCUGAUGUUUCAGUGUUAAUGUCUCAAUGCUGCCCUGUGUUUAUCCCUUUUAUGAAGUGCCAGAAGUGUCCUGAUAGCAUUUGAGGUUUUGCUGCCAGCUGUGGAUUAUGGAUUGAUCUCUUGAUGUUUUAUGAUUAAAGAUAUUUUGAAGCCA